AUGGAGAAGUUACGAUCCUGGUUUUCUUGGCGAAGGCAGCGCCCGACCAGCGACAAUUCACGAAACCAUCAAGCGCAGGCUCCGAGCCACGACCACAGGGUGCUAAGCGGCGAGGCAGACACCAGGCCAUCAGCUUUGAACGCUCCGGAUCAGCCCUUCCCAGACGGGGUGGAAAUUCUGCACGACUGCCAUGACGCCCACGUCGACAUCUGCUUCGUUCACGGUUUAACAGGAAAUCGCAACAGCACCUGGACUGCCAAAGGGCAGCCCGCACCCUGGCCGAAAACGCUCCUGCCGCCGAGGCUCAGCAAGGCUCGCAUAAUUACGUACGGGUACGACGCGUACAUUGUGCGGAAGUCGGUCGCAUCGACAAACGGGCUGACCGAUCAUGCCAAGAACCUGUUGAACGACGUGACAACCAACAGAGCCGGAUCAAAUGCAUCCUCCUCUCGACCGCUAAUCUUUGUCGCUCACAGCCUCGGCGGCCUCAUCUGCAAGGAAGCCAUUCUGCUCUCCCGAAACAACCCCGAGGCCCAUCUCCGAGGCAUAUUUGAUUGCACCAAGGGCAUUAUAUUCAUGGGCACUCCGCACAGGGGAUCCUGGAUGGCAGACUGGGCUAAGAUACCCGCUUAUACUCUUGGGGUUGUAAAGUCCACCAACAAGUCUCUUUUGAAGGUUCUAGAGACCGACGACAAGUACCUGCAAUCCGUUCAAGAUCGGUUUUGGUCUAUGAUACGGGAACAGCAGAAGGCCGGCUGUGAUAUUGAGGUUACAUGCUUCUUUGAAGAGCUUCCUUUGUCUGCGGUCGGGGAAGUCGUCCCCAGGGCCUCGGCCACUCUUGAAGGUUACAAUGCAAUUAGCAUUCACGCUAACCAUAGCGACAUGGUGAAGUUUGGUUCCGCAGAUGACAAUGGAUUUAAAAGGCUGCUUGGCGAGCUGGUCAGAUGGGAGCCACAAGUCGGGAAAUCAGCAACCCGUCAACUACCACUAUCGACGAAAGAAUCCCGGCUUGAGAAGCCGGUCAGCUCGUCUUUUAUUAACUACGGGUCUGGUGACAUGCUUAACGCUCCUGGGGGAACAGUAACAAAGAGCAAUUUUGCUGGCGCCUCUUUCCCUGGGCCUGUAAGUUUUGGCAACAGUCAGACCUGA